GUGUUGCAGAAGCAAAUGGACCUCGAACUCGAACUCAUGGCGGAAAACAACAGCAAGGACAAAGGUUCCGGACCCGUGGCUCGUCUCUCGGUCCUGCAGCUGAGCUCUACUCCCGUCGAUCACGAUCAGAAGAUCAGAGAUCACGAUUUCAGCGACGACGAAGAUGAGAUUAGCUCCGGAGAAGAAGAAGCUGCCGACUUGUCGGAUAGCGAACCGAUCCGCAAGCUUCCGCACGCCAGACACAAUUUGAAGCAACGUUUCGUUUCGUUGCUUCGGAGAUUCCGCGUUCCCGACUCUGAAGGUGGAAGAGUGAGAGACUGCCUUAACAACCCGAGUGAAUUCCAAGCUUUGUUCCAAGAAUUAGAAUCUCUCAGCUGCGAUGAAGAUUCUGGUGCGGAACAAGACACAAUGUCCAUAUCAAGUACUCCGAAGCCUAGUUUACGUCCAUAUUUCAGCAGUAGUCGAAGUCUUUUGGAAAACAGUACCGUGCCAUUUAUCGAAUCUGAUAGGGUGGAAGAUAAAACAUGCUCAGGGGUUCAGCCUCGAAAAGUAUUUUUAGAAUUAGUUUCAAAACAGUUGCCUCCAGAAGAGAACGUACUUCCUGAAAGUGUUGUGUUGAUGACGGGACCUGACAGCAUUACAGUACCUCUGACUUCUAGAUUUGGUCCCCAACAUAAAGUAUUUCAACCCGUAUCAGCUGUUGAAACUAAAGCUGUUCUGACAGCUGUCUUCAAUAAAAUACACAAGUACUGCAACAGCUGUGCCAAGCCCGGCACGUUCAUCAAGCUCCUCCUGAUCGGUGGCGACACUCUGGUUGGAUGGUUUGUUCGUCCGUAUGUCGAACUUUUAUCCAGCAAAACCUCCGAAUGGUUAUCUUUCACCCGCGUGUACAUAGUCCCUUUGGGCAGCUGCAACAUAUCUAAGCAUCUAUCGUAGGAGGUUCGGGUAGGCCCAGCAGAUCAGUCGCAGUCAGUCUCGGUCGACCUCGAUGACCUCAUUUGUUCCAGUCCCCCAGCGCCUUCCUUAACUCCUCCCUCGUCUCCCAACGUGCAUGCACGGGAAGCUCCUUGGGAGCCUCUCGAAUUGCAGGUUGACUACUGGCAGUUGACCAAGUUCAGCGAAGCCAAUAUUAAGACUGAUAAAGACAAAGCCAAGCAGGAUGGCAAAACUUCCCUUAAAGCGCUUUUCAGAGGGCUUCAGGCCUCACCCACCACAAUGACUGGACUUAACCUAACUAUGCACUUGGCAAAUAAGGAAAAGAAGCAGAAAAUUAUGAGGUUAGGCAAAAAGAAGGAGAAAGAAAAGGAAUCAGAACCGCGUAGUCAAAACGUGGAGGGGGUUUCAAGGCUGAUAUGUUCUGCUCGGGCUUCACAUAAUACUCCAAUGAAAGUUUAUAUUGACGGCGUGGAAUUCGGAGGAGUUAAAUUCUUCCAGCUCAGUUCCACCUGGCAAACCCACGUUAAAAGUCUCACCGUGGCGUUGGCCGGCGUACCUCUAGCCAGCGUAGAAAUGCACUGAGUUUCUUUGCCAUAUAAUCUACUGCCGGAUGAACUUACAUACUCUUUGAUCUACCGUUUUUUUCGAGUUGCCGCUUCGCUUCGGUGUCCAAAAUGAAUGCAGAGGAUCUUUGUCGCUUCUAGUCACUAUACGGGGUCACCCAAACGUUUGAUUUUUCUUAGGGAUUGGUCAGUUUCGUGGGCAACUAUGCAGAUUGGCCGUUGGUCUUCCAGAUUUCAAUGUUUCGUCUCGACCAAUACUGAAUAGUCUCGACAGAAAUCGGUUUAAAAUUUAUAAGUAAUUCUCCAUAAGUGGUCAGGGAGAUUAACGGAUAAUCUGCUUAUUUAAUUAAUAUAAAAAGUUUUAUUUUCUCUGACAUCUGAUCGUGUGUUUGAUGUGAUAAAUAUCCAUUCUUCCAAUCAACUGACAUAAAUAUUUUAUCUGAACGAAAAAAGAAACACAAUUAUACGUUUCUCUACAAAAUUGUUAUCAAAUCUAAUAAUAUUGAGGCUUAUUUUGGCUUGACAAAAGAAAUUGUAUUGAAGAUAUCUGUCAAAAUGGGCCUGAUUUACAAAAAAUAUGUGUACAAGGAUAUGCAGAAAAAUGUUACGCAGAGUCAACAAGACUUCCAAGAUUUCUCUCAUGGGCAUUUUAUAUUCAAUUUCUCAUUUUUCUAAUUCUGUAUAAAUAGUAGGUUUUAUGGAAUCACACCAAUAGUGCGAAAUACAUGUCUGGUUUGAUUAAAAACCUUUGUUUUGUAAAUCAGUUAACUUUGAGGGUCGAUGCUAAUAGGGCUUCCUCUGUAAAACUUUCAAAAUAAUGCAGAUUUUUAACCAUAUGAGUUACCUCAUCAUACACCAAAGUUGAUUUUUUUCAUACAAAUAUUCCAUUCAGCUCCAUCCAAUAUUCUGAAAGCAAGAGCGGCUACUGUUUUUAGUUUGUAAUUUAUAGAAUGAUUGUUUGAUUAUAUUGAAAAAUAUUAUUAAAACCAACAAAUAAUUAAGUCAUGUUAAUCUCACUCAAAGAGCCAUUUUUCUAAAAAUAAUGCGUUUUCCAUAUCGGAACGAAAACACAGCAUCAUCAAGAGAUUAUAAAAACUGAUCAUCUCCUGAUGAUGCUAACUUGGUUAGUGAAACGAGCUACGAGAGACAGUGUGUUUGUUCUUGUGUAGGAAAAUAUUUUAUCUCACACAAAUUUGUAGACUGAAUCUGAUGAAAAUUACUUUCUUGCAUUUUACAAACCUGAAUAAAGCCUUUUUUGAUGAUGGUUUCAUCAACCAGUUAGUCAUCAUCACAUAAUAAUUGAUUAACAUUGCACCUUUUUCGUUAUAAAGAUUUCACUUUGUAACAUGAAGUAUUCAGGUUUGACGAAAAACAGAUUUUAAACAGAUUCUUCUUAGAGGUAUGUGCAUUUGAAGUAAAUCCGGUGUUUCAUCCGAAAGAAAUUAAAUAUUCAUGUCCGAUUUCAAAUUGGUUAACUGUUAUACAUCGAUUACAUAUUGACACGUCGCAGAAUUAGUCAGAUGAUCUUUUGUAAGAACUGAAUAAGUUCUUUAGAAAAAAGGCUUUUUCUUUUUUUUUCCAUCAUUAACCAACAAAUUUGGGGGACUUCCAGAGAAAGAAAAGAACAACUACGAAAAACAAACUAUUUAUAAACGUAUGUAGUGUGAAUACAGAAGUUAAUUUCAGAUCCAAACCUGAAAAAAAUCCCUUUUGAAGCAAGUUCUUCGACAUGUUUCGGGAGUAAUUUUUUUUUCUUAUUUGUAUCUGAAAGAAACUUCUGUAUAUGAACUGAAUAUGUUUAUGAAGAAUUAUUAUAGUUUUUUUUAUACCUUUGAAAAUAUCCCACAUUGGAAGAAUUAGAAAACCAAAAAGCUUUUUCCCAAAAAACUAAUCUAUCCUAAUAAUAUCCCCUUUUAAAUUCAAAUGAAUACGUUUGUUCAUAAAAACAAUAACCUCAAGUUCUUAAAAAUUAAUUCUAUAAUAUGUUAGUUAUUAUUUUUAUUCCAGUUGUAAAACUGACCAAUCCGGUGAACUUUAAAGUUGACAAUACAACCUUUCAAGGCUCAAAAAAAAACUAACAAAUCAAAGACUCUUAUUUAAAGAAUACUCUGUAUAUGUGAUAUAGUUUGUAGUUUGUUGUUGAAUCAUAAUGAGUAUGCUUCAUAAUUUUUUAUCAACAUGAUAUCAAACUUUUUUAUAUUACCGUGUGAGAGUUGUAUUGUGUAAUUUGUUUUAUCGAAAAAGUACAGGAAAGAAGAGGUGAAUUGAAUAUUUGUAUAAAAUAUUGCUAUAUUUGUUGUCACAAAGAAUUGCUCAUGGAGUAUAAAUGAAAAAAUAGUGAUUACUUUCAGGAAGACAUUUUUUACAAAUUGUAAAUCCUGAAGAGAUCCAACAGAAAAAUGAGUUUUAUACUUUUCUUCAUUAUUUUCCCUGGAUUUUCGUUUUCACUUCACCUGAUUUUUCCACGUACUUUUUCGAUAAAGUUCAAUUUUAGUAGAUAAGGCACAUUAUUAGUGGCUAAGCCACAAAAUUAAUACGCUGCUUGCGUAUUACUGAAUAUCAGUUUUAUUAGAACAUAAGAUUUAGAUGUAGAGUACGCAUAAGCAUUAUUUUAUUUUAUUUCUUGGAGAGUUUAUUGAAUUUAUUAUGUGAUAUAUAAAAUAUAUAUGUAUAAUAUUCCUAUUCAAUUACCAUUACAUUUUUCCAUAUAUUCAAGUGAUUGGUUUUUACUUUGUAAGUUGUGAUGUUUUGUUGUGAUUAUUUGGAUUGAAAUUGCUUUGGGAGUAACGAAAAUUGAUAGAAAUUCCAGAAUUGUUCCAUAUUAAUGUCUUUCAAUUAUAUCUAAGGAUGUGGAAUGUGCCAUUCAAAGUUUCCAGAAGAAUCCAAAGAGAUUGUUAACUUCUUUAGGUGUAUAUGCUUCCCCAUUGUCACCCUUUUGAUUUUUAUAUCUCACUAUUAUUUCAGUCUACAGGAUGUUGGGGAUGAUUCGUCAAAAUCUAACAGUUGACACUCCAUCUUGCAUCAUAGCGUAAUGUCGAAAGACUGAAUUAAGAUCCGGUUUUUUGGGCAGUUAAUUUUUCCCUCAAAAAUAGGUAAUAAGAAAUCAAGGUUCCAGUGUAUUUCUAAAAAUAUCGCCAGUAUUCCUUGAUGGUUUUUAGAAAAGAUAAGUUUUAUAAGUUCUAUUUUUCAAUCAUUAAGUUUAAUUAGAGAGCAAAUUUAUAAAUAUCUUAAUUUACAAUCUAAUUGGACUGUUGAAAGGUUUAUAGGUUUUCAGGCUGAACUUUUCAGUUUGUCCUUCAAUAUACUUGAAAAUAUUUACUGUUGAUCCAUAUUUAUACUCGAAGGAAUUUGAACCUUCUCCGUUUUUUUAACAAAACUUGAAAUACUUUUUUUCUUAAUAAUUACAAUAGCAACACUAUGAUAAUGGGAGAACACAACACGCCAAUUCAGUUCAAAUCUGUUUGUAAUUGAAGUAUUGUAGUGAAUAUUUAUGUAGUUUUUCUAGAAAUAUACUAUGUAAUAUGUAUAUUCUAGCGCUCUUGAGUAUAGUCGACACUUGUGAAGCUGCCGUUUUUCAAAAUUUACUUUAUUUUCGGAAAAAAUCCUACCCCUUUUCUCACUGUUCGAAAAGUGAUAUUUUUUUCAGAAAUUGGUAUUCUCAUCAAUUACUCAUAUGCAUGCUUCCUUAAAACUAACACAGUAUAAGAAAGUCUUGUAUCCCACAUAAUAAAAAUAAGAUAUGGCCAAACGUCAUUUUGUGCUCAUCCAGAGGAAGCUAGAUAUCUACUAGACCAUCAAAUUUUCGAUGGAAACAUUAGAUGAUAAUAUAAUAUUAAGUUUAUUUACAUUAUGAACUUUUACAAUAAAACGAAAUUAUGAAAAGGUUAACUUGUGAGUAGUCCAUGUGAAUAUCUGUAAUUAAAAUACAUAACAUAUUGGUGAUUAAUAACUACAUAUUUUCUUGGUUUGGCAAGUAUUCAACUAUAAAUUUUCUUUCCUGAAGCAACAGGAUUUCUGGUCAUUUUAAUGUUUGUUGGUAAAUUCUCAGACAAAUAUGUUGCUAUUUAUCGUUUCCACAAAUAAUUUAUAUCAUAUAUCACUGAAUUAUUUCUAGAUUCUCCUACAGAAUGUUUUUUCUAUAAAUCACCUAUCGCCAUCCCCUAGGACAAACCUCAAAAGUCGAAACUUUUACGAGCUUGGGGUUAACGAGGUCUUACCUUCUACGUGCGAUUCCCAGUACAGAUUGAACGAAAAGCAGUGACAAUCGACGUUCCGACCGUAGGGCUUCUGAUGUUUUCAUUCUCAAAUUCAGUUUGUUUCAUUUGAAAGUAGUGUCAAUCAUAAUUCCAAGAUGAACGGAUGGUUUUUUUUCAAAGUUUAUCUUCAGAAAAUUGCCAUCAAAACAAUUUUUAAUCGAUAUGAAACAUUUUCAGCUGUCAACCGAGAUUUUUUACAGUUGGUAAAUGUUUUUUGUCACUACUUUUAUAAAUUUCCUUAAUUAUGAAGAAAUGUACGUUUUUCUAUGGGGUAAAACGAGGUUAGUGUUAACACCUCACAAUAUUUUUGUUGGCCCAAACUCUGCAAAUAUAAAAUAUUUCUCCUGA